UACUAUCUGCCUUAUGAUUUUCUUCCCAAACCACUCAUAUUUUAUCCAGAGAGCCACUGGAGAUGUUUCUUGCUUACACUCAACCUUUUCAUUUUUGCUAUUUUCGAAUCCAAAUUGAUAAGCAUUUUGAUUGAGAAAUUGUUGGGGUGGCAUGGCUUAUGAAGCUGUGGAUUCCCUGCAACAAACUUUGCUCCUAAUCCUUCAACGCCACGAUGAUCUCAUCACUCCUCCUGUUAAACAACAAAUUAUAUCCAUCCACGACAAAGCUGCUGGCUUGCAAUUGAAUCUCAAACAUUUUCCAGAUAAAGAAACAAUAAGGGAGGUUGCAAAUACAGCAAAGAGGAUUAUUGAAUAUCUUUUCUCCCCACUAAAUCUAUCAGAUUUUGGAUUCAUACACCCAACUGUCAGACUUCCAAAUCAGUUAGGGGAAUUAGCUAGGGAGCUCGAUUCAACUGUUGGAUAUGUGGUUGACUACUGCAAGAUCAAUUCCAACUCUGUCAGUGAUUCUCCUGGUGUUAGUUCAUCAUCGAGAUCUGCACUUAAGAGUCAAGUUGACCAUUUGACGAUUGCAAAGGAGCUGAUUGUUAGAGAUUCAAACAAGUCGAGGUUAUUAGGGGGGAGAAUAAAGUCAGCUCCGAGUCCUGUUAUUACAAGAUUUUCACUCAAGAGUCCGGUUGAGCUGAUUGCAAUAAAUACAUACAGGUUGAAGAGAUUAGAGGAGAAAAUAAAGUCAACUGCCAAAGAAUUAGCAGAUGACACGAUCGGACCGAGUUAUUCAAUACCAAUCUCUCUACCCACGAACAAAGAUGUUUUUGCUGGUUUUGAUGAUGAUCUGAAUGAUUCUGCUGCUGUUGCAUCAUCAUCAAGACCUGCACCUAAAAGGGCUGAAGAUCCGAGUGAUACACCAUCAAUAUAUCCAUCCACGACCAAAUAUGAUGUGGUUGGUUUUGAUGAAGAUGUACUACAUAUGGUGCACCGACUAACUGGCUAUUCAUCCAACCGACGACAAAUCCUCCCUAUUGUCGGAAUGGGAGGCAUUGGUAAGUCCACACUUGCUAAAUAUGUUUAUCAUCAUCCAAUGAUCAUGGACCAAUAUGAUAUUCGAGCUUGGAUCACAAUAUCACAAGAUUAUAGCAUACCAAGUAUUCUCUCACAAUUACUAGCUUCGCUCAAAGGAAAAGUAGAGCGAGUUGAAAGGGAUUCAUUGAAAGUAAUCGAAGCAGAGAAGCUUGAAAUUAAAAAAAUUUUAUCAGGGAAGAGGUAUCUCAUAGUAAUAGAUGACAUUUGGAGUGUGGUAGCUUGGAAUCGCAUACGGUGCCUAUUUCCUAACAAUGAUAACAGAAGCCGGAUCAUAUUAACCACAAGGCUAAUGGAUGUGGCGACUAAUGCCGCCAUUUCGCGGAACAUUCAUAUGAUGCGUUUCUUGGAUGAUGUACAAAGUUGGCGUUUGUUCCACGACAAGGUUUUUGGAGAUCAAGAUUGUCCUAUUGAGCUGCAAAGUGUGGGGGAAAAAAUUGUAAAAGGGUGUGGAGGACUGCCUCUCUCAAUUGUUACUGUGGCAGGACUUUUAUCAAGGAUUCCUAGAACUCCAAAGUUGUGGAAGCAAAUUGAAGUAAAUGAUGGGCAGUUGGGAUCAAUAUUAUCUUUGAGUUACAACCACUUGCCUCUACAUUUGAGGAAGUGUUUCUUGUAUAUGGCAGCAUUCCCUCAAGAGUAUGACAUCCGUGCCUCUGAACUCAUCAAACUUUGGGUUGCUGAGGUAUGGCAAUAUGCAUUUGAAACUGUAGAUUUGUUCGCAGAGCAGUGCUUGGAGGAUCUGAUCAAGCAAAGUCUAGUUUUGAUCAGUAGCCGGAAAACUGAUGGCAAAAUCAAAAGUUGCAGGCUGCAUAGUAUGGUGCGGGACUUUUGUGUGAGACAGGCCGGGCAAGAGAAGUUCCUCUCCCUGUUAUGGACUACUUCCCUACUCCUAUCCUGAGAAGACAUUUUCUUCCACAAGUCCUCCAAAAUCAUUGCCGUGUAAGUGUUAGUUGGCACGAUCUAAAUCUUAAAGACUCUAGGCAUAGCUCAUGUACCACUUCUAUCAUAUGCAUCCCACAAAGAGGGUAUAGGCCCAAAUGCUCUGUACAAAACUUUACUUCACUUAGGGUCCUUCAUGUUUUACGUAGAAAUGAUCGUUCAUAUUGGGAACUAGGUCAAGUGUUUGAAUUGAGUAAUCUUACUUACCUUGCUUCCAACAUCCCUGAUAGUAUUGUCCCUCCAGCUAUAGCAAAGCUUCAAAAUCUGCAGACUUUAAUUAUUUACAGAUCUGAUGUUCGUUUGCCAGUAGAGAUUUGGAGUCUGAGGAUGUUGAGACAUCUUAUUGCCUUCUCAUUUCAACCUUUACCCCUUCCCAAAAGAGCAACUCUUUCUCUAAAAAACUUGCAAACGCUUUCUAUGGCAAUAGACUUUGUCUGUAGUGAAAAGGUGGUGGAAAUGAUUCCCAACAUUAAAAAGUUAGGAAUAUGUUACUCUCAAGAGAAGUUUGGUUCUGGCUAUUAUUGUCUUGACAAUCUUAUUCGUUUUCGUCGAGUUGAGAAGCUGAAACUGGAGAUGCAUAGUUUAUAUGUGCCACGUCUGAUUGUUUUUCCUUUGUCACUGAAAAAGUUAGAACUGAGUGGCGGGUGGAUUUCUUGGAGAGAUAUGAUGAUUGUUGGUUCGUUGCCUAAUCUUCAAGUGUUGAAACUAAAGAACUAUGCUUGCCAUGGGGAACACUGGGAAACCAUUGAGGGGGAAUUUGGUAAUUUGAUACUCCUGCUUAUUGAUGAAUCAACUCUGAAGCAUUGGAAAACUAGUGGUAGCCACUUUCCGAGUCUCCAGUGCCUAAUGCUUCAUCGUUGUCCAUACUUGGAUGAGAUUCCACAUGAUUUUGGAAAUAUUCCUACACUUAAACUGAUUGAGAUCGAUGAUCACAAUCAAUCUCUUUUGUACUCGGCAAACAAAAUAAAAGCCAAACAUAGGAAUGAUCGCCUAAAGGUUGUUGUGAAGCGUUCUUGAUCCUCUCAAACCUGACCGUGUCCAUCAUAUAAGAUGCUGAGCUUUGAUGAGGUAGCUUAUCAUAUAUUCUACCGAUGAAAGAUGCAGAGAAUUAAAGGCGUGGUUGAUAAAAUCCUACUUGUUUGCAAGCUGGUUUCAAAUAAACUGUGAUGAUAAGUGUGUUAAAAUGUGUUGUAUUUGUCAAAGUCAAAUCACUCUACAUAGGGAAGAAAUAGGCUGCUCUGGAUUGUACUUUGUCCUUGUUAAUGUAGUUCAACAAGUUUGUAUAAACAAGUGAGAGAAAUUAAAGGGAAUUAAGUAAGACUGUA